CCGGAGGGGUCUUGGCGCCUUCAGGGACGGGCUGCUGUGCCGCCUGCUCGAAGCAGCACCCGGAGCUGCGCAGUGCAUGAGGUCUGGUGCUGCUUGCAAAGGGGCUGAACAUUGGGCAGUUAAAUAACAAGGGCCACAAACCAUGUCUGGCUCCUAUGAUGAAUCUGCAGCAUCUGCUGAAGAAAUAACUGACAGCUUUUGGGAGGUGGGGAACUAUAAACGGACAGUGAAACGGAUUGAUGAUGGAUACCGGUUGUGCAAUGACCUGAUGAACUGUGUGCACGAGCGGGCCAAGAUUGAGAAGGCAUAUGCCCAGCAGCUGGUUGAUUGGUCCAAGCGGUGGAGGCAGUUAAUAGAGAAAGGCCCACAGUACGGCAGUCUGGAGAAAGCAUGGAUGGGCAUAAUGACAGAGGCGGACAAGGUGAGCGAGCUGCAUCAGGAAGUGAAGAAUAGCUUGUUGAACGACGACUUCGAGAAGGUGAAGAACUGGCAGAAAGAUGCCUUCCACAAACAGAUCAUGGGAGGCUUCAAGGAGGCUAAGGAAGCAGAGGAUGGUUUUCGGAAAGCACAGAAACCUUGGGCCAAGAAGAUGAAGGAGCUGGAAACAGCCAAGAAAGCCUAUCACCUGGCAUGCAAAGAGGAGAAACUGGCUAUGACCCGGGAAGCCAACAGCAAGGCUGAGCAGUCCAUCACCCCAGACCAGCAGAAGAAACUGCAGGACAAGGUGGAAAAGUGCAAACAGGAUGUGCAAAAGGCCCAGGAGAAAUAUGAGAAGGUGGUGGAUGAACUAAGCAAGUGUACUCCACAGUACAUUGAGAGUAUGGAGCAGGUCUUUGAGCAGUGCCAGCAGUUUGAAGAGAAGAGACUCAGCUUCCUGAAGGAGGUGCUAUUGGAUAUCAAGAGGCACCUGAAUCUGGCAGAGAACAGCAGCUAUGCUAAAGUCUAUCGUGAACUGGAGCAGACUAUCCGCACAGCCGAUGCUCAGGAGGACCUCCGAUGGUUCCGCAACAACUGUGGCCCAGGGAUGCCUAUGAACUGGCCUCAGGUUGAGGAAUGGAAUCCAGAUGCAACGCAAACAGUAACAAGAAAAGAGAAGCCUAAGAAGACUGAAGGAGGCAAUACACCCAAUGCCAGUGGAGCUGGGGAGUCAGCAGCACAGUCUGGAGACCGUGGCAGUGUGAGCAGCUAUGAUCGGGGUCAAGCCUACGCUGCGGAGUGGUCAGAUGAUGAGGGUGGCAACACCUACAACUCCAGUGAAGCUAAUGGUGGUGCCAAUUCCUUUGAGGAGGAGCCGGCUGGGAAAGGCGUGCGUGUGCGAGCUCUGUAUGAUUAUGAUGGGCAGGAGCAGGAUGAACUGAGUUUCAAAGCAGGUGAUGAAUUAACCAAAUUAGGUGAAGAGGAUGAACAAGGGUGGUGCAAAGGUCGUCUGGACAGCGGACAGCUUGGUCUCUAUCCAGCUAAUUAUGUGGAGGCCAUCUAAUUUUUGUUGUGUUCUUCUCACUGCUGUCACAAAAAACAAAAAGACCCUCUGUCAUCUUCCCUCUCUCUAUGCCAGCCAAGUAGCCAUCUUGCCGUGCAUUCACUCACUCAGCACAGUUAGAGAUCCAAACAUAUUUUCCAACCAAUCGUUUAUUUUUUUAAUAGCCAUCUCUGAAGAGUAUUUUGCGGUCGCUUUAACUUUUUUUUAGAUAAUGUGAUACGAAAGGUCGACACUGUGGUGGGGGGGCGUUAUUUUGUAAGUGAAAGUGAAUACCUCAAGCCCUUAAAACCUAACCAACAAGGCUUCUGACUGGUUGGUUUUUAAGGAUAAUAUAAUGAUGAGCCGCCUUCCAAUUGGCUUGAACUGUUUCAAAAUGUCUGGCACUUAAGCUACUUAAGCUAAUUCACCCUCUUUGAAUAGACUGAAGCCAGUAAAAAUAAGGAAGAAACUGGGUAUACCUCUUUGAUGUUAUUAUUUCUCUCUUCCCCUUUCUAUAUAGUUUCUAUCCGCCUUUUCCUACUUUGAAAAGAAAACAACAGGUACUUUUUGCCUUCACUACCAAGCCCCAGCCAAUAUCAUGGUAAAAUAUUCAAGCCUCCAACUGACCACCCCAAGCUAUUGCUUUAACUGCAGUAUUGUAUGCACAUUCUGUGACUCACUCCCCAGAGUCCUGUGAUCCUGUUUCCCCUUUCAUGAGAUCAGAGUAUGAUGCUUAGGGCUCUGACUUCACACGUGGACACCCUAUGCAAAUGAUAAAAGCAUACCUCACUGGCUCCUUUCUCCCAUCUUCUCUUGAGGAACUGGGCUGCAUUUCUGGGAUGUGUUUAGAUGGCUGAUCAGAUGCAUUCCUUUUUUACACAAACCCAGUACAGACUUCUCUAUUUCCAGUCUGCCAGAGACCUCCAACAAGAUGAG